AAGGUGGAGAAAUGUGCAUGCACAGAGGACGAGGAGCCUGGAAUUAAGCACAGGAGAGAAAAGAUGCCGAAGAUGAGACAAUAAAGAACAGCUAGUUUUGGGGCCUGUGCAAACUUCCUGUGGCAGCAGUUGGAUGUGCACUUCAACCCAGCCACGAUGACAAUGAAAGGUCUGUCCAGCAGCCGUAGUCACCACCACACGGUGACCUGCGACCCCUCUUAUGACUCUAUGACCCUGGGGCACUCGGCUCGUCGGUCCUAUUUCCUCAACCCUGGGGAGUCUCAUCCUGCUGACCACCCCUGCUACACACAGCACAACUCCUUCCAGUCUGAGUGCAGUGCCUACCCUGAUCUGGCCAGCUGCACCUUCCCGCGCAGACAUUACAGCUCUCACCAUGAGCUGAAGGAGGAGUGUGGUGCUGUGGUGCCUUAUACAGGUCCAACAGGGAGCAAUAAGGGAAGUGGAGGAGGUGGUGGAAACAAUAAUCGCAUCCCUUCUAACCUGCUAGAGCAGUUUGAGCGCCAGGCACCGGUACAGCGUGAAGGCUACCAUACACUGCAGUACAAGCGCACUGCGGUAGAACACCAACGUAGUGACAGCCCUGGUCGAAUCCGCCACCUUGUUCACUCUGUCCAGAAGCUUUUCACCAAGUCCCAUUCCCUGGAGGGGCCCUCAGGGUCUGCUGGAGGAGGUAGUGGGAGGAUGAAUGGCAGCAAAUCCAGUCCUGAUGACCCACCCUCCUCUUCUGGCACUUUGAAGCAUAGUAAGCGCAGUAAGAGUAAAGACCGUUCCAAGUCAGAGCCUAAGAUGCGCACUGCUAUCUCAGGCUACUGGAGCUCAGACGAUACACUCGACCGGGAGAUGUGCCUCUAUCACCAUCACCACGGGGGUAGCAGUGGAGGCCUACCCUCUGGGGUCAUGACCAUGGGUCGUCACCCGGACAAAUCCCAGUCCCAGUACUUCAUGGAGUCCUACAACACCAUCAGCGCCCACUCUCUCAAGACGUCACGCAGCAACAACGAUGUGAAGUGCUCAACGUGUUCUGGGGGCAGCAGCGGAGUUAUGCCACUGGGGGGCGCCCUGGAUGGCCAAGUGCAGCUGAAGAAGAGCUCAUGGUCUUCUACUCUGACGGUGAGCAGAGCAAGAGAGGUUUACCAGAAGGCCUCAGUCAACCUAGAUAAAGCUCUAGUGAAAGCCGAGCAGGGACGCACCUGCCACUUCCUACAGGUGCCUCAGGAUGACUGGAGUGGUUUCUCUCCGCUGGCGAAGGAUGAUGAGAUCCCGUGCCGGCGGAUGCGGAGUGGCAGCUACAUCAAGGCCAUGGCAGAAGAAGACAGCGGCGACUCGGACUGCAGCCCCAAACCCUCGCCAAAGGUCCAGGCACGACGAGCCAGCUACCUGAAGGCCACACAACCGUCCCUCACAGAGAUGACCACACUCAAGAUUUCCACAGAGCAUUCGCCCAAGCUACAGAUCCGGAGUCACAGCUAUCUGCGGGCGGUGAGUGAGGUUUCCAUCAAUAGGAGUCUGGACAGCUUGGACCCGGCAGGGCUGCUGGCCUCGCCUAAAUUCCGCUCGCGAAAUGAGAGCUACAUGAGAGCCAUGAGCACCAUCAGCCAGGUGAGCGAAGUGGAGGUGAACGGGCAGAUCGAGGCGGUGUGUGAGUCAGUGUUCAGUGAGAUGGAGUCGCAGGCGGUGGAUGCCCUGGACCUGCCCAUGCCCAGCUGCUUCCGCAUGCGGAGCCACAGCUACGUACGUGCCAUAGAGAAAGGCUGCUCGCAGGAAGAGGAGGAGGGAGGCAUCACAGUGGGCAACAGGAGGACCAACUCACCCCCGCGCACCACCACCACUGUCAGGACCAUCCAGAGCAGCACAGGUCGCUGUCUGGUGUCCCUCACACUGUAA